AGAUUCUAUUCUACUUUUUCUUUUAGCCGCUCUGUGCACAUCCCUUGUUCUUUAGAGAUCAUGCGUGGAUUAAAGGGCAGAAGAAAGGGCAAGGGAAAGAGCAAGGAGGACAACGUUGAGGACUACGAUCAACCAUCCCCCACAAAUUCUCCUACUCAACCCAUAUGUAAUAGGAAUGAUACUGGGAGGGUGAACACAGGCUACACAAAUCAAUUUAGGUUCCAUUUCGGUGGGCACUUCAUAUUUACCCCUUUUAGAAGAUAUGUUAAUGGGAGAGAAGAAAAGAAAGCGUAUGAAGAUGAUUUUGUUCCAUUUUUUGAAAUUCGAGAUGACUUGGUUAAGUAUUGUCAAUUUAGCACUUUAAAAGGAGAUAGGUUUUAUUAUUUAAAGCCUCUCAAUAUUCUUAGUGAUCUUGAUGCAUUGGAGGAGGUUAAGGAUAAUGGAGAUGUUAGGAGAAUGGUUGACUCUUACAAGAAAUGUAGAAUUUCAAUUAUAGACAUAUAUUGUCUUUCAUCUGAGUAUGAAAUUGUGCCAAGCACACAAGUUGGAAAUGAUGGUAAUGGUAACAAUUCUUCACCUGAAAUUCUUCAACCUUCACUCUCUACAAGAAAUACUAGUGAAGAGCAACUGUUACCUCUUGGACAUGAGAAUGCAUAAGGUAUGAGUCUGAGUUUUUCCAAAAUGUUGUGAAUGGUCGUGAUAUUGUCAUGGGCGGCUCACACACACACACACACAUAUAUAUAUAUAUGCAAUGCAACUUUUGCACCCUUGGCAUCUCCUGCUUUUCCUUUGCACAAGAAAGCACUGCAAACUCA